AACGGCGGUUUUCAGGUUAGUGGAUCGGUGGACGGUGAGAUUAUCACCGGGGAACGAUAGAGAAUUUGGGGGAAGACGGAGGGAGAGAGAGAGAGAGGUGGGCGAGGUCGUCAAAAUGAUAAAGGCGGUGAUGGUGAUGAAUACACAAGGCAAACCUCGUCUUGCCAAAUUCUACGAUUUCCAGCCCGUGGAGAAGCAGCAGGAGCUCAUCCGCAGCGUCUUUUCAGUAUUGUGCAGUAGACCUGAGAAUGUAAGCAACUUUCUGGAGGCCGAUUCAUUUUUUGGCCCGGAAUCUCGGCUUGUGUACAAGCACUAUGCUACUCUCUACUUUGUGCUUGUGUUUGAUAGCUCGGAAAAUGAGCUCGCAAUGCUUGAUCUGAUACAAGUUCUUGUUGAAACAUUGGACAAAUGCUUCAGCAAUGUAUGUGAGCUGGAUAUCGUGUUCAAUUACAGCAAGAUGCAAACAGUGUUAGAUGAAAUUGUGUUUGGAGGACAGGUGCUAGAAACAAGUUCCAGUGAAGUCAUGAAGGCUGUUGAAGAUAUAUCCAAAUUAGAUGCCGCCUCUAACUCAAUUUCGCUUGUCCCCAAGUCUGUGUCCGGGUGGCGUGGCCGAUAGCUUCAGAGCAUCAAGCAGAAAUACAGACUCUUGAGAUGUAAAAGUUUUCGUGGUCUUUUUCCGAUUUAUUGGUUUGUAGUCGAAGAUCUUGGCCUUGGAAAUUCGAGCUAAAGACAGAACAGAACCGUACGCUAAUGCACGGUCUGCAACAACAGCCGUUCCCGGUGAAGAAGACAAACUUCUGUCUAUAGGAUCGCACGAUUCAGCCCAUCAUCUCUUUCAGCCUUCUUCUUAUGCUCAUCCAUCACAUUCAUCAAACCUAUCAUGGUUUCUAAUUUAGGUAUGCUGUUUUGUUUGUUCUGCACCUUAUUAUUGGUGGAGUACUUGGCCCAUUUGUUUCAAUCGCUCCCAUCGAUUGUACAAUUCUAAAGGGUUUGAUUAAUCCUCUGUGAAUUGUCUA